UUGACAGAUUGGUUGUUAAAUUGACGCAAACAAGGAGGGACUAGUGGGAGUCGAAACGAUAAUACGCUUCAUAAUGCUACGCGUUUGACGAUAAUAUAUGUAGUUAUAUAUUAUUUUUUAUACAUAAUAAACCUCAGUUGUUUUAAUUUGUUGUUCCUUUGUGUGACAGGUAAGAUAGGACGCGUUGAAUCAGCAGCGUCAUAAUCAAUUGAUGCAUAUCAUCUGACACUGUUUCUAAUGUAUAGAAACAAGAUGCUUUGGCAUAUUACGUUCGUAAUCCUAUCUUUCUUAUUUACUGCAUCUGCUACUGUGAUACAUUAUCAACCAGAAGCCGUGCAUCUUUCCUAUGGUGAUAACAUUCACAACAUUGUUGUCACUUGGAGCACAAAAAAUGAUACAAAAGAGUCAAUAGUGGAGUAUGGUAUAGGUGGCUUUAUUCUGCGAGCUGAAGGAAAUUCUACUCUCUUCGUUGAUGGUGGUGAAAAGAAACGAAAACAAUAUAUCCACAGAGUGUUGCUAAAGGAUUUAACGCCCAACAGCAAAUACAUAUAUCAUUGUGGUAGCCGUUAUGGAUGGUCAAAUGUAUUUUAUAUGAGAACUACACCUGAGGACUCUGCAGAUUGGUCGCCACAAAUAGUUAUCUUUGGUGAUAUGGGUAAUGAAAAUGCACAGAGUUUGUCACGAUUGCAAGAAGAAACAGAGCGUGGUUUAUAUGACACUGCCAUUCAUGUUGGUGAUUUCGCUUAUGACAUGAAUACAGAAGACGCAAGUGUAGGAGAUGAGUUUAUGCGGCAAAUUGAAUCCGUUGCCGCUUAUAUACCAUACAUGACUGUACCUGGCAAUCACGAAGAAAAAUAUAAUUUUAGCAAUUAUAGAGCUCGAUUUACUAUGCCAGGUGAUUCAGAAGGCUUGUGGUAUAGCUUUAAUAUAGGUCCUGUACAUUUUGUAGCUAUUGAAACUGAAGCUUAUUAUUUUAUGAAUUAUGGUUUAAAACAAAUGGUUAAACAAUAUGAAUGGUUGGAUAAAGACUUACGAGAAGCUAAUAAACCUGAAGCAAGAGCUCAACGUCCAUGGAUAGUUACAUUUGGACAUAGACCAAUGUAUUGCAGUAAUAAAAAUGCAGACGAUUGUACUAACCAUCAAAGUCUAGUUAGAGUUGGAUUGCCAUUUUUAAAUUGGUUUGGAUUGGAAGAUCUGUUUUUCAAAAAUAAAGUAGAUUUAGAAAUCUGGGCGCACGAACAUAGUUACGAAAGGCUGUGGCCUAUGUAUAACUUUCGAGUGUACAAUGGUAGUUACGAAGAACCAUAUACAAAUUACAAAGCGCCUGUACAUAUAGUUACUGGAUCAGCUGGUUGUAAAGAAGGUCGAGAGAAAUUUAUUUCAAAUCCACCGGCAUGGUCCGCAUUUCGUAGUUCAGAUUAUGGAUAUACAAGAAUGAAGGCAUUCAACAAAACCCAUUUAUAUCUAGAACAGGUAUCCGAUGAUAAGGAUGGUGCUGUUUUAGACAGAGUUUGGCUCGUUAAAGAGAAACCUUUACCACAGUAUGUAGAAGCUUUUCCUAUAAAUUAAUGUAACAAUAAUUUUAAUUAGCGCCAUACUACAAACCAAAGUAGCGACGUUAAAAAGAGACAUUUAUCGAAUUAUACUUUUAUAGUAAAUAAGAAAUUUCUUUUACUUCGGCUGUGUAUUAUACGUAUAAUUGUAAUUCGAAUUUGGUACACAUUUUAGCGGUCAUACUAUGGUCGAAAUGUAUACAUAAACAAUAAAAUACGUGAUAUUUACGUAUG